AUGAAGUAUCAUAUCCCAAAGGAUCCACCAACAAUCAUUACAAAUUCAGUCCCUCCAUACGCUGUUGAAAUCAAGGAAGCAGGUGCACCACCAUCAAGCUGCCAAUCGGAAUUACAAUACCCAAAGGUUUCAUUUUUCGGUCAUGAUAACCGUGCCUCAAAUGGAAUAAAUAAUAGUCCAGAUCUCUCGAAUGCAGCCAGUGAGAAACAAUUUUCUGUUUUCGACAUGCUUAGUGAUGAUGCAUCAGGGGACACUUUAGAAAGAAGUCUGGUUCAUGAAGCUCAUGCUGCAUUUUCAAUUGAAGGUUUAGGCAAGAUCAGAGCAGAGACUCCACCGCAUUCACCAAAACAACAGGGCAGAAUCUCUUCUGAUGAUUGUGCAUUUCCCUGGAACAUCGCAAGGCAACUAAACUCAUCAAAGAAUUCUAACUAUGUACUGAAUGAUCUUGAACUAGAAAUGGAUGCAAUGAUGCAGGACAUCAAUAUGCCACUUGUUGGCAAAGCUUCGGAGUUUUCACUGGGCAAAACGGAUUUACAUGGCAAUUGGAGAACAAAUCUAUCCACUGUCACAGACCACAUGCAACUUGACAGCCAUUAUAGUAACAGAGAGUGCACUUUUGGUGACACAAACAUUUUCUCCAACAUAAGGAGAAGGGAAGAUACAUCUGACGCUAGGCUUAGCUUCCUGGAUGAUGACUUUCUACAUGAACGGAAAGAAGACGUUUCUUGGAAGUAUUGGCCACACAAAAUAGAUGCUGGAGAUUUUUUGGAAUAUGACAAGGGUGAGAUGUCAGAUUAUGCUUUUGAAGGCCAUCACGUACUGAAGAAAAGGGAUGUGAAACCAACAAAGUUCAACAGUUUAGGUCCACCUUCUCCAAAGCACACAACAUCAGAAAUUGGUCGUGAUUUCACAACUUUAAUUGGUGUAAGCCAUACCCCAGUUCAAAGGAAUGUUGAUAUUAGAGGUUUGCCAGGCCAACCGGACUGGUCUUAUUUUGAGACUGAAGAUGCAAAGGAUAAUUUGAGAUUGCCGAGUGAAGAAUCAUGCUCAUCUAGCGCAGGUUAA